CUCAGGUGUGUCUGGCAGCCUUCAUGCUGCUCCUGCUCUCUGAUUGGUGGAUGCUGGCCGUGCUGUAUGCUGGUUGGCUGUGGCUGGACGGGGACACGCCCACCAGUGGGGGUCGCAGGUCUGAUUGGAUGAGGAGCUGGAGAGUGUGGGAGUUCUUCAGGGACUACUUCCCCCUCAGGCUUCUGAAAACUGUGGAUCUGGAUCCAAAGAAAAACUACAUCUUCGGGUUCCAUCCUCAUGGUGUGCUGGUAGCAGGGGGGUUCUGUAACUUCUGCACUGAGGCCUCGGGGUUCUCCAGGAUGUUUCCAGGCCUCACCUCUCACCUGCUGAUGCUGCCAUUCUGGUUCAGAGUCCCUCUGUUCAGAGACUACAUCAUGUGUGGAGGCCUGGUCUCCAGCAGUAAGAGCAGCCUGUCUCACCUCCUGAGUCGUCCAGGUGGAGGUAAUGUGGCUGUGAUAGCGCUCGGGGGGGCAGUGGAGUCUCUGGAGGCUCGGCCCGGAGCCUUGAAGCUGCAGAUCCUGAACCGGAAGGGCUUCAUCAAACUGGCUCUCAAACACGGGGCUCAGCUGGUUCCUGUCUUUUCCUUCGGGGAGAACGAGUUGUUUGAUCAGAUGGAGAACCCGAGUGGUUCUCCUCUCAGGAGGCUGCAGAACCGGCUGCAAAGCAUCAUGGGAGUCGCGCUGCCUCUGUUUCACGCCAGAGGAGUUUUCCAGUACAGCUUCGGCCUGAUGCCCUACAGGAAGCCAAUCAACACCGUCGUGGGAGAGCCCAUCCCAUUGGUCCGGACUCCCAGUCCCAGCUCAGAGGACAUCGAGGGUCUGCAUCGGAUUUACCUGCAGAGUCUGACCCACCUGUUCGAGCAGAACAAAGAAAAAUACGGCCUCGAUGAACACCAGCACCUCACCUUCAUAUGACCUUUAAAAGACCUUCAUCCUUCAUAUGACCUUUAAAAGACCUUCGUAAGACCUUUAAAAGACCUUCAUCCUUCAUAUGACCUUUAAAAGACCUUCAUAUGACCUUUAAAAGACCUUCAUCCUUCAUAUGACCUUUAAAAGACCUUCAUAUGACCUUUAAAAGACCUUCGUAUGACCUUUAAAAGACCUUCAUAUGACCUUUAUAUGUCUUUUAAUUGACCUUAAAUGCCUGAGCUUCAAUGCUAACAGAGCUAGCAUGGCCCAUCGAUCACAUGUUUGUUGUGAUUAAUGAUCUUAUAAAGAUGUUGCAGGUGAUUGACAGGUACAGCUUCCUUCCAGUUAUCCUUUUAUCUUCAGAGUCCCAUUUGACCCGCCAUGUGACCCGCCAUGUGACCCGCCAUGUGACCCGUCAUGUGACACGCCAUGUGACCCGUCAUGUGACCCGCCAUGUGACCCCCAUGUGACCCGUCAUGUGACCCGCCAUGUGACCCCCCAUGUGACACGCCAUGUGACCCCCCAUGUGACCCGUCAAGUGACCCGCCAUGUGACCCGCCAUGUGACCCGCCAUGUAACCCGUCAAGUGACCCCCCAUGUGACCCGCCAUGUGACCCGCCAUGUGACCCGUCAAGUGACCAGCCAUGUGACCCGCCAUGUGACCCGUCAAGUGACCCGCCAUGUGACCCCCCAUGUGACCCGUCAAGUGACCCGCGAUGUGACCCGCGAUGUGACCCGCCAUGUGACCCGCCAUGUGACCCGCCAUGUGACCCGCCAUGUGACCCGCCAUGUGACCCGUCAUGUGACCCGAACACAGUAGGCUUGUUUGAGACGAGCUGCGGCUCGCCUCGAAAGUAGACGAGACUUUGCACAGCGGUACGAGCAGGUUCAGUGUUGUUGUAACAUUUCUAAUAAAAUACAUGAGGUUCCCACUGUGUGUCUGUCACAAUAAAACACGUUUUAAAGUGA